UGCUGGGAUUAAAGGCGUGCGCCACCACUGUCCAGCCUGUGAUAGAUUUUGAGCUAAAUUUCCAUAAGGUUUGAUGGUUGAGUUGUGGUUAAGUUUUUGUCCUAUACAGGAGGAAACAGCCUUGGAGACAUUAAAAGAUCACUCUACAUCACACAGGAAGGGUCUGGAGAAACCGGUUUCCAGCUGGAGCCAAUGUGCCUGUUUUCAGUACCUACUAGCCAAACAGCAUCUGAGCAGGCUCCCAGAGGUGGGCUAGGAUGUGCCGGAUGGAAUGUAGUGAGGACUUGAACUGCCCUUUAAGGCAGUGCGUUUGACAAGCUCCCUUAGGAGAAGGUCAUUCAGUCGGUCAACAAACUUGGGCGGUAUUUGCCAUAUGUGGGCUAUGCUAGGCAUGACUGAAACCCAGAACUCUCCCAGGGACCCCAUGGCUGUAGUGUGAUGGGGAGCUGACAGAGUUGUGAGGUUAUUGGUGCUGAGGAAGAUAAUGCUGCCAGACCUGGAGAAGCCAAACGUCCGUCUGUCGUCUGUCUGUCUGUCUGUCGUAAGAUCAGAGGAAUGAGUUUAAAUUCCUUGGGAUAAUGAGGGGGGAGGGGGGUUCCAAGGAAAAGGAACAGCAGAGGCAGAGGCUCAAGGAUGCCCACGAAAGCCUGGGUGCUGCCUGCCUGCUGUGGGGGCCGAGAAGGAAGGUGGGCAAAGGGUCAGGGUUUGGAACAGUCUGAGCCUUGUGACCCUCUGUGAAAUACGGGGCACCUCCCAGGAUGGCGAGCAGGCCAGGCCAGGGCAGACUGGUAGAUAGAAGGGGCCGUGAGGAGGUGGCAUCCUGUCACUAGGAACCAAGUUGGACUUGGCACUGGCCUUGGGGAAGGAGGAUGUGGGGUAGAGACAGGUGGUCCCAGGCACAGGAUGACACCAGUCUCAGGUGUCCAGGGCAGAACUCAUGGGAGGAGUCUGGGUCAGGCACAGUGACCUUGGGGGAUCCCUUCACUUUAAGAGUCGUUAUGCUGGGGUGCUGCUGUCCUUUCCUCCCAACAGGGUUGGGUCUCCAGUGGCAGAACUGGCAGGGCUGGGCCUAGGAUGCAAGUCUGUCUCCUUAAGAUUCUGACCCAUGAGGUCUCAGGAGCCUGUCGCCACAGAGUCCCAGGCUCUGUUCUGGGUCUGUGUGUCUCAGCAAUGAUGUCUUCCUCAGGAGUGUAAACCCCCCCCAGGUUGGGCAGUGGGAGAAAGUCCCUAAACUGCACGGGCUCUUCCUGGGAACCUCUCCCCUUCUCUUCCUCAACCCUUCCUCCCUCCUCCCUCCUCUCAUUUACUCAUCCCUUCAUUCAGCAAAAGUUCAGACUGUCUCCUCUGGGCCCAGCCCUGGGCUGGGCGAGGCCUGGAACUUGGGGCAUGAUUCAAACUGGUGUCUGCCCUUGGGGUGCUGACAAGGAAGGUGGCACAGUAAACAAACAGCAGGAGCUCAUCCUGGGCCUCAGGAGCGCGGGGCAGGUGGACAGAUGACGUGGCCUGUGUGGUACCAUCCGAGUGUCUGCGGGCCUGUGGGGCUGAGAUUGGCUGCUCCAACAUUGCCUACCCAAAGCUGGUCAUGGAGCUGAUGCCCAUAGGUCUUCGAGGGCUGAUGAUAGCCGUGAUGAUGGCUGCGCUCCUGUCGUCGCUGACAUCCAUCUUCAACAGCAGCAGUACACUCUUCACCAUGGACAUCUGGAGGCGGUUUCGGCCCUGCGCCGGAGAGCGGGAGCUGCUGCUGGUCGGACGGCUGGUCAUCGUGGUGCUCAUAGGCGUGAGCGUGGCCUGGAUCCCAGUCCUGCAGGGCUCCAACAGCGGACAGCUCUUCAUCUACAUGCAGUCGGUGACCAGCUCGUUGGCGCCCCCUGUCACCGCCAUCUUCGUCCUGGGCAUCUUCUGGAGGAGGGCCAAUGAGCAGGUGGGUAGCACAGAACAGAUCCGCGUGGCCACGCUUCCCUGA